UCAUUACAUGAUUGUGGUGAACUAUGUGCCUGUCGGGACACGCCCCUGCUGACUGCUCCUGUGGCUCCUCCCACAGGCCCCCUGUAUAAAGGAGACCUGCGGCCUGAAGAUCGGCCUCAGUCUCCAGGACCUUGUAUGAUAGACACUCACUCCUGGUUCCUUCUUCCAGUCAAUAAAAGCCGAUAUCUCGCCUACGUCUCAGUGUGAGUUAUUGAUGGUGCAUCAAUUUUAUUGACUGGAAGUUUUAAAACAUGGAACCCGUUUUGCGUCCGGACCGGUUGGAUUUGGACCCUCAAGACCCUGACGCAGCUCUCGCUUUUGAGCACUGGCUUGCAUGCUUCCAAUCGUACUUGGCGGAGCUUCGUGCGACUGAACCCGCCGUUAUGCACAGAAUCCUACUCUCGAGGGUCUCCUCCAAAGUUUACUCCUUUAUCCGGGACCUGCCGACCUACGAAGGGGCACUGGACGCCCUCAAACGACAGUACCUGCGGCCGGUGAACACCGUCUACGCAAGACAUCGUUUAGCUACCCGGCAACAGCGGCCUGGCGAAUCGUGCGCUGAGUUUCUCCGAGCACUACAGACACUCGUCCGAGCUUGUGACUGCAAGACGCUCACGGCAGAACAGCAUGCGGAGCUGCUGGUGCGAGACGCCUUUGUGACGGGACUGAGGUCAGUGUACAUGCGCCAGCGGCUGCUGGAGAACUCGGAUCUUACCUUAAGCUCGGCGAUAGAGAAGGCCAACGCUCUAGAAGCUGCUUUGCAUAACGCCGACGCUGUCCAGUCGCGCGAUUCCCCGUCGGUUUCGUGGACGCCUCAGACCCCGCCACCGCCGGCUCCCGGGAGCGAAUUCGCCAACGCCGCCGCCAGUCGCCAUUCCACGAGCUCCCCGACCCAGACCACGGCUGUGGCCCGUAAGAAACUCGUGCUUUGUUAUUUCUGUGGCCAAAAGAAACAUCCUCGACGACGCUGUCCAGCGCGAGAAGCGACCUGCUCCAGCUGCGGAAAGCGGGGCCACUUCGCCAAGGUCUGUAAGUCUCAACCUCGAGCGGAGUGCAGCGCUGCGGGUGAAACGUGGGGGCCGCCAUCUUGCAUGCCGGGAUGUGGGCAGCCAUCUUUGUCGACGUCAGCACGCCCCGCCCCCGAUCCUCGGAUGCUGACCGGGUACCCCGGAUGUGAGCGGCCAUCUUUGUCGACGUCAGCAUGCCCCGCCCCCGACCCUCCGAUGCUGACCGGGUACCCCGACGGCGAUCCAACUCUGGCCACUGUGACCCUCGACCAAAGCGCCCCACACCAGCUUGCAAGAUCCAUGAUGGACAUCCAGGUGGAGGGGCAUUGGACUGGAUGCCUGUUUGACACGGGCAGCACUGGGAGUUUUAUUCACCCGGACACAGUGCAACGCUGCGGACUUGCAACGCGGCCGGUCAGUCGGAGGUUCCAUUUGGCCUCUGGGUCGCAGUCCGCAGACAUCCGGGCGGGUUGUGUUAGUGCACGAUGUAGAAGGUUCCACUUUUGGAUGGUCUUCCUUACACUGCUCACUGCAAAUCAGGUGUAA